AUUAUUCUUAACUGUUCAUUCGGCUCUAACUUAGAUGGGUUUUGUUUAAAGUCCAUUUUUUCGGCUUUCCCUUCGAUAAUAUCCUGUCCCAAAACAACAAAAAAACUAAGCAGUCUCUCUUUGCACUAUUUACAGUAUCUUUCUUUGUAAACAAGAAAACAAGACCAAAUGGGGAGGCUUUCGACAAUCAAACUUGCAAUAGAAUCGUUUACACUUGAUGGAGACGACAUCAUUGAGAAACUUAUCGACACCUGGGAACGAUUCAAAGUCCCAGUUUUGGUGCCAUUUCUGAGAACAUUGAUGUAUGUUUCUCUUGCGAUGUCUGUAAUGUUGUUCAUAGAGAUGGUUUACAUGUCGUUGGUGAUUGCAUUCAAUUAUUUGUUUGGAAGAAAGAUUGAAAAACGCUACAAAUGGGAAGAAUUCAAAGAUGAGAUUGAAUCAGGGAGCUUUGUUUACCCACUUGUUCUUGUUCAAAUUCCAAUGUUCAAUGAAAAAGAAGUUUAUCAGCUUUCCAUUGGAGCUGCAUGUGGGCUUUCAUGGCCGGCUAAUCGUAUUGUGAUUCAAGUUCUUGAUGAUUCAACGGAUCCUAUCAUCAAGGGUAUGGUGCAAGUGGAGUGUGAAAAAUGGGCAUGUAAAGGUACAAACAUACAUUAUCAAGUGAGAGACAAUCGAAAGGGAUAUAAAGCAGGAGCACUUAAAGAAGGUUUAGAGCAUUGUUAUGCUAAUGAGUGCGAGUAUGUGGCUAUUUUUGAUGCCGAUUUUCAACCAGAACCUGACUUUCUCAAGAAAACUAUCCCGUUUCUUCAUUAUAACAGUGAACUUGGUCUUGUUCAAGCUCGUUGGAAGUUCGUGAACUCAGAUGAAUGCUUAUUGACAAGAACACAAGAGAUGUCACUUAACUACCAUUUCAAAGUGGAGCAAGAAGUUGGUUCUUCUACUUAUGCAUUCUUUGGAUUCAAUGGGACUGCUGGAGUUUGGCGAAUGGCUGCACUUAAUGAGGCAGGAGGAUGGAAGGAUCGUACUACAGUUGAAGAUAUGGAUCUAGCAGUUAGGGCUAGUCUUAAAGGCUGGAAAUUCUUGUACAUUGGUUCAAUAAAGGUUAAAAACGAGCUACCAAGUUCGUUGAAAGCCUAUCGUUACCAACAACACCGAUGGUCUUGUGGUGCGGCAAACCUUUUUAGAAAAAUGGUUUAUGAGAUUAUCAUAAGUGAGAAAGUUACAUUGUGGAAGAAGCUACAUUUAAUAUACAGUUUCUUCUUCGUAAGGAAGAUUGUGGCUCAUAUUGUUACAUUCAUGCUCUAUUGUGUUGUAAUUCCUAUAUCUGUGUGGGUACCUGAAGUUGAAGUUCCAAGGUGGGGUACGAUUUACAUCCCAACCAUCAUCACUAUCCUAAAUGCUGUUGGGACUCCAAGGUCCUUAUAUUUGGUGGUAUUUUGGAUUGUAAUUGAGAAUGCUAUGUCCCUCCAUCGAUGUAAGGCUACGUUUAUUGGACUCUUUGAAACUCAAAGAGUGAACGAAUGGGUUGUAACUGAAAAACAUGGAGAUGCUUCUAAGGAUAAAAUCGGAACCAGACAACAUGGAAGACUUAGCUUCAAGCUAAGUGAAAGAGGUGGGGGACCAACACCCAGCAUGGCUCGAAAUUUCUCAAAUAGAAUCCUUGGAAUACUUUUGAUCAAGAUGUCUGCUAUCUGUAAAGAGGUUCGCACAAAACGCGUGUAUAGCUGUCCAGAAGCAAUGAGCUCACGAAUGAAGUGCUAG